AUGGCGACCUCUUUUGACCUACAGUUUAUUUCUAAUAGAUCUCGCCACGAGUCUAAACCACCACCGCUGUCACCGUUCACGGAGAGGAGAAACCAACGUCAUAAAGUUGAUCAGAGAGAAGAGCAAGAAGAAGAAGAAAGUUGUGGUGGUGACAACGCUGCCAUGGAAGGAAUUGAAAAUCUCAAAGUCCAGCAUCACCCUGGGACAGUGCUGAUCAUCCUUGCUGGUAGGUUCAAGGCAAGAGAGGAGACUCUGAUGGAGCCCUGGACCUCUCCCUUGUACUUCUUCACUUCUGUCCUCUUCAUCUACGUGUUGCCUUCCUCUCGUGUCCUUACGUAUACACUCCAAGGUCUAUCAGUCUUUGAGGCAGAGAGAAAGCUCCUCUCUUCAUUCUCAGAAAGUGUUUACACAAGGGAAAAAGACGACCAGAAGGUUGUGGACGGAGCUUUGAUCAAAGCAAUUGAGGCAGUUUCAAAGUUGAAUACUUGA